AAGCCACCGUUGGAUAGCAUCUUCAAUUUGGCAGACUUCACAGACGUGGCUAGAAACACUCUAAGUGAAAACACAUGGUCUUAUUAUCGUACAGGAGCAGCUGAUGAGAUCACGCUCAGGGAAAACACGCAGGCGUGGAGAAGAAUAUACUUCCGUCCACGUAUCCUUAACAACGUCACAGAGGUUUCUUUGGCGACAGAGCUGCUGGGGUCCAAAAGUGCAUACCCGUUUUACAUCACUGCAUUUGCAGGCUGUCAUCUAGACAACAAUGUCGAUGCGGAAAAGCCUCUUUUACGUGCAAGUGACGAGUCUGGAGGUGUGUACAUGUUGCCAUUCCAGACCACCUUAGGGAUCACACAACUCAGUAAUGAAGGUGAAGGUGAUCAGUGGCUUCAGAUCUACGUUGGCCAGGAUCGACAAAGAACUAAGGAAGUCAUCAAAGAGGCUGAGGCAACGGGUAAGAUCAAAGCUCUAUGCUUUACAGUCGACAUGGCCCAGAUUGGACGUCGUGAAACCCACCAGCGUGUCACAGGAGAUGGCAGCUUCGUCAAGCAUUUCUCAGGCAUUUCGAGUUCUUUCAGUUGGGAUGAGGUUAGGGGAUAUAAGGACAGCACACACUUGAAAUGCGUCUUGAAAGGCAUACAAACCAAGGAAGAUGCUGUAAAGGCCAUUGAGUAUGGGUUUGAUGGGAUCAUCUUGUCAAACCAUGGGGGCCGACAACUCGACACCGCACGCUCGGGCAUCGAGGUGUUAGCAGAGGUUCACAGGGAGUUGAAGCUGAAAGGGCUAGAGGACCGAAUUGAGAUCUUUGUAGACGGUGGUGUCAGUAGAGGCUCUGAUAUCGUCAAAGCCCUUGCAUUGGGUGCUAAGGGUGUAGGUCUAGGCAGAGCCAUGUUGUAUGCGCUUCAGAGCUAUGGUGAGCCAGGAGUGGCUAAGGCUAUUGACAUAUUGAGGAGCGAAGUUGAGCUAACGUUGAGAUUGUUGGGUGUCCGUUCAAUCGGUGAUCUGGAUGAGUCAUAUGUCGAUAUUACAAACCUU